GUUCAAAAGGCUAUGAAUCAAAACAGGCCCAAAAUAGGCCCACUACAAGAAAAAACCUAGAGAUUAGAUACAUAAACUCCAUAAGCACAACAACCACUCCUCCUCGCCUCCGUCGCUCAUCUUCAAGUCUCCUUGUAACUCAGUGAAAAGGUUCGAGCUUUUGGAGAAUAAUGGCUGCCUUCCCCAACCUUAACACUGAAGCUGGAUUGAAGAAGCUCGAUGAGCAUCUUCUCACUCGCAGUUACAUCACUGGGUACCAGGCUUCCAAGGAUGAUAUCACUGUCUUUGCUGCUCUUGCAAAGCCACCAACCUCGCAGUUUGUGAACGCUUCUCGUUGGUACAACCACAUCGAUGCCCUCUUGAGGAUCUCAGGUGUCUCUGCUGAGGGAAGUGGUGUCAUUGUUGAGGGAUCAGCCCCAGUUGCGGAAGAGACUAUUGCUACUCCCCCUGCAGCUGAUUCCAAGGAUGCUGCGGAUGAAGAGGAUGAUGAUGAUGUUGACCUUUUCGGAGAGGAGACCGAGGAGGAGAAGAAGGCUGCUGAAGAGAGAGCUGCUUCUGUAAAGGCAUCCACAAAGAAGAAGGAAUCUGGAAAGUCAUCAGUUUUGAUUGAUAUCAAGCCGUGGGAUGAUGAGACCGACAUGAAGAAACUAGAGGAAGCUGUGAGAUCCGUCCAGAUGGAAGGUUUAUUCUGGGGAGCAUCCAAGCUUGUACCGGUUGGUUACGGUAUCAAGAAGUUGCAGAUCAUGUGCACCAUUGUUGACGACCUCGUCUCUGUUGACACCAUGAUUGAAGAGACGCUCACCGUCGAGCCAAUCAAUGAGUUUGUCCAGAGCUGUGACAUUGUUGCUUUCAACAAAAUCUGAGGAUGGCUUUUUUUUCUGCUUUAAGGAAGCGCUCAUGCAAUCUGAUUAUUGUUUCCAAGUUUCUUGUGGACUCGUGUUUUUGAUUUUGCUUUGGUUUGCCUUAUCUCCUGUUUAAUUUUGAUAUUUAUGAAGAAGACAGUUUCGUUA